GAAGGUGGUUCGCGUACGCUCAUUGGCGCCUGUUGCUGGCUGGUUUGUACCCAGUCGAGUUCCGAGACUUCUUCCUCGGCGAUAUCUACUGUUCCUUGACGUACGCCAUGUGUGUGAGUUUUCAUCCGCCACCCCCACGCCCCUUUAAAUAUCCUUGACUGACCCUUGAUCAGAACGUCGAACUGUUCUUCUGUAUAUACGCCAACGCUUGGGAGAACCCGGCUCAGUGCAACUCCAGCCACUCCCGGCUGCUCGGCUUCCUAGGCGCCCUGCCUCCCAUCUGGCGUUUCCUACAAUGCCUGCGUCGUUACAAGGACACGAGGAACAUCUUCCCUCACCUCGUCAACGGCGGCAAAUACACAAUGUCCAUCAUGGCCGCCGUCUCCCUAUCCAUGUACCGCAUCAACAACACCCACGGCCACCUCGCCAUGUUCAUCACCUUUUCCUCCAUCAACGCAAUCUACACAUCAAUCUGGGAUCUCUUCAUGGACUUCUCCCUCCUCCAGCCCCAAUCCCGGCACUGGCUCCUCCGCGACAUUACAGCCCUCAAGAAACGCUGGCCCUACUACUUCAUCAUGGUCAUCGACCCCAUCCUCCGCUUCGCCUGGAUCUUUUACGCAAUCUUCACCCACGACACACAGCACUCCACCAUCGUCUCCUUCCUCGUUGCCUUUGCAGAGGUAUCCCGCCGCGGCGUGUGGACCCUCUUCCGCGUCGAAAACGAACACUGCGCCAACGUCGCGCAAUACAAAGCCUCCCGCGAUGUUCCCCUCCCGUACCGCAUCGAGCCCCUCGUCGCGCCCCGUUCCUCGAUUGAGAGUGACGCUGCUAAGGAUGGCAAGGUACCAGAGGAAACGACCAGCGAGGCUGUAGUAGCACCCGCUGCUUCCACCGGUGGCGGCGCUACAACCACAUCCGCAACCACAACCGCCAGGCCAUCGGCGGCAUCUGACCCCCGCGCCGAGGAGUCAGGAACCCUCAGGCAGAGAGUCAUGUCCGGCAUCACGCCCAUCCAGCGAAGCUUCUCUAAAAUCAUCGCCGAGGCGCACAGGCAGGAUUUUGAGAAGAGGAGGAAGCCCGUCGACGCGGAGACGGAGCAGCUCGAAGAGGCGGGCGGAAUGGCGAGCGACGACGAUGACGAGGGGUCUGCAUCUGACGAUGAUGAGGAGGGGAUCCGGUCAGGCGGGUCGGAGGCGGAUUCAAUGGAGAUUCGGCAGGUGAAUAGUCUUGUGCGUGAUCGUGGGGGACGGUCAAUUCAUCAUAAUUAGGAGUUGGUGGAAUAGAGGCUUGGCGUAGAGUCUACCUACGACUAAUGAGUAGGUUUUGGAGCAUGAUUAAUUCGCAUUAGCAUUCUUGUUAGAAUAAUGGGAAGAACAGAAACAGUCUUGAAAGAAGUGGCU